AUGAAUCAAGAUUUCUCCUCCUUCGAGGGGAUGGAAGAGCACGCGUCUACAGACGUCGAGAGACUGCGUACAGGAAGUGGAAAGGCCGAGUGGACUACCAUACCCCAGGAUGUGAUUCGCAUACUCGCCUCUUCCAUGGACAGGGGAUAUCGCAACCCCAAUGAGUGGGAUGCAUUCUCUCACCCAUCCGGCAAAACAGACCAAGGAGACACGGGCUACGUUGCAGCGGACAUCUACAGCCAGGACAGCGGAGUUAUCAACAUGCUCAAAGAAAUGGAGGUAUCUCACUACCGUUUCUCCAUCGCCUGGUCCCGAGUUCUUCCCAAUGGCACACUCUCUGGAGGGAGGAACCAAGAAGGCAUCGAUUAUUACCACAACUUCAUCGCUGAACUGCUCAAGAACGACAUCAAACCCAUGGUGACCCUCUACCACUGGGACCUGCCACAAGCGCUUGAAGACCUGGGAGGCUGGCUGAAUGAAGACAUUGUCCAUUGGUUUACCGACUACGCUGACUUAUGUUUCCAGGAGUUUGGGAAUCAUGUGCCACUGUGGAUCACCUUCCAUCAGCCUUCUAUCUCCGCAGUCAACGGCUAUGGAAAGAUCGGAAUAACCAUCAACUACGGCUGGAGCGAACCCAGGGACCCUCUGGACACCACAGAUGUAGACGCCGCGGAAAGGUCACUAGAGUUCUAUGGCGGGAUGUUCGGCCAUCCUAUAUAUGUGGACGGGGACUUCCCUCCUGUGAUGAAGGAAAAGAUAGCUCAGAAAAACAAGGAGUCGGGUACACAUAAUUUCCUCGGACUUACCCUCUAUUGUGAAAGCCUGGUGAGAAAUGUAAGCGAUCUACCUACCUAUGACAAGGAUGGGGGCAUCAGAACUUACAAUAACCCAGCCUGGUUCAGAUCUGGAUCCGACUGGCUGAAGGUGACGCCCUGGGGAAUAAGGAAAAUGCUGAACUGGAUCAAGGACAAGUAUAACAACGUGGACAUUUAUAUCACAGGAAGUGGCUUAUCAGAUCACAACGUGACGCUCCAUGAUGAUCACGAAGUUCAAUUUUAUCGUAUUUUCAUCAAUGAAGUACUGAAAGGUGAACGUAGCACAUCUGUAACCUUGGACGACUGCAGUGUUAAAGGUUUCACAGCAUGGUCCUUGAUGGACAAGGUCGGCCGAGUGAACUUCAACUUCUCUGAUCCACGCAUCUCAAAAACCUCGGACAUGUGGUACGCUGGGCUGAUUCAGGACAAUGGGUACAAGCGCGGGUACUCGUGGCCCGGGGGUAGGGGAUCUGCCGUGCAGGGGGAGGGGGAGUUUCAUUAUGGAACCUUCCCCAAGGACUUUCUGUGGAGUAUUGCCUCCUCCUCCUUUCAAAUUGAAGGCGCUGUCACGGAGGAUGGACGAGGAGAAAGUAUAUGGGACAACUUCGAAGGUAUUCAUAACGAUACUGGCAGCGUGACCUGUGACAGCUACCACAAAUACACCGAGGACGUCAGACUUCUUAAAAACCUUGGGGUCGACCUCUACCGUUUUUCCAUCGCGUGGUCACGAAUAUUCCCAGAUGGCACCAAAGCAUCUAUAAAUCAAGCCGGUAUCCAGUACUACCAUCGACUCCUCGACGCUCUCCGUGCUGCGGGUAUUGAACCAAUGGCCACCUUGUACCACUGGGACCUUCCAAAGGCUCUCCAGGAUAAAGGAGGGUGGACUAAUGCGUCCAUUAUAGGGCACUUCACGGACUACGCUGAUGUGUGCUUCAGGGAAUAUGGAAAUAAGGUGAAACUUUGGCUGACGUUCAAUGAACCUUGGAUAUUCCUUGUAAAGGGUCUUGAGACGGGACAGAAUGCACCUGGGCAUACCAGCGAAUGGGUGGUGCCCUACAGUGGGGGCCACAACGUCCUGUUGGCCCAUGCCGAGGCCUACCAUCUGUAUAAUAACUCCUACAGGGAGACUCAGAACGGUGAAAUAAGCAUCUCCUGCAACUUGGACUGGCCAGAGCCCCUGGACCCUACGAAUUCCUCCGACAUCGAGGCGUCAGAGACUGCUGUUCAGAUGUUCCUGGGAUGGUUCGCAAAUCCUGUUUAUGUGAACGGGGACUACCCAGAGGUGAUGAAAACAAGGAUAGCCGCCACCUGUCAGAUAGAGGGACGCAAUGUAUCCGAACUACCCGCAUUCACAGAGGCACAAAGCAAUAGAGUUAAAGGGACAUAUGAUUUCUUCGGCUUGAACCACUACACAACCCGGUACGUGUACAUGGGCCACCUGACGUCCCAAUAUAGGACUGACAAGGGCAGUCAAGAUUUCACCCCAGAUCUAGGCAUCAAGCGCCAACUUGAUCCCACAUGGCCAACGAGUGGUUCCCCUUGGUUAAUAAUUGUUCCCUGGGGGAUGAGGAAGAAUCUCAACUGGGUAAAGAGCAACUACGGCAACAUCCCCAUCUAUUUGAACGAGAACGGCCUGUCUGACAACAAUGGUACUCUGGAUGAUCAACACAGGGUUGACUUCUUUCGAUCUUACAUAAAUGAAGUUCUGAAAGCUAUUGAUUUUGACGAAGUGAAUGUAAGAAGCUAUACCGCGUGGUCGUUAAUGGAUAACUUUGAGUGGGAAGGUGGAUACCAUGAAAAGUUUGGAGUUCAUCAUGUCGACUUUAAUAGCACCAACAGGACGAGGACCCCGAGAUCCUCUGCAGCUUUCCUGCGACACGUAAAGACGUAUCACUUUUCACUCUCGUGGUCCCGAAUCUUACCGAAAGGAAAGUCGGAAGAAGUCAACCAAGAUGGCAUCAAUUAUUACAACGAGCUGCUCUUGGCUCUGGCUGAUGCUGAGAUUGAACCAAUCGUGUCCCUUCACCAGUGGGACACCCCAGCUGCCAUUACAAACGGUUGGCUGGAUAACAACAUCGUGGAAGCCUUCGGGAACUACUCCAGAAUAUGCUUUCAGAACUUCGGAGAUAAGGUCAAAACGUGGAUAACCCAAAAUGAACCGAAUACUCUAGCACUGUAUGGAUACGAGUUAGGACAGCAUGUCCCAAGGGUCAGAGGUCAAGGGUAUCGUGCCGCCCACACCAUGAUCAAAGCACAUGCUGCAGCGUACAGGAUUUAUCAAGAGGAUUUUAAGAAGAUCCAAAACGGAAGAGUGGGACUUGCAGUGUAUUCUUCUUGGGCUCUGCCAAAGUCGGAAAGAGUCCCUGGUGAUUGGGCCGCUCAAGACCGGAAGUUUGCCUUCGACUUUGAUUGGUUCGUUGACCCAGUGCUCCUGGACGGAGAGUACCCGGAUGUCAUGAGGAGAGAGGUGUCUCUCAGAAGCAGAGAACAGAAUCUUAACCAAUCCCGUCUCCCGGUGUUUACAGACGUAGAGAGGAACAUGAUCAGAGGUUCGGCUGACUUCCUCGGCAUCAGCUACUACACCACCAACAUAGUGGAGGAUCGACGUCACAACGACGACACCGCCCCACCCUCCAUCACUGACGACAGAGCCGUCACGGUGUCGGUAAACACAUCAAUGGCAAGUACUAACUGUCCACGGCUUCACAUGUACCCCAAGGGAAUCAGGAUGGUACUGAGAAGGGUCAAACAGCGGUAUGGUAACAUCCCCGUCUAUGUUACCGGUAACGGCGUAUCAGACAAGCCAGGUACAACUGAUGACACGGAUAGAGUGGAGUACAUGAAGUCCCACACCAAUGAAGUACUGAAAGCUAUACAACUCGACGGCGUUGACGUUCGUGGUUACAUGGCCUACACCCUCACCGACAGCUUCGAGUGGAAAUACGGCUACAGCGUUGCUUUUGGUCUGUACUACGUCAAUUUUACCGAUCCAAAACGAGAUUGGCAUCCUAAAACGUCGUCAAUAUAUUAUGGUAGUCUUAUUCGAAACAAUGGGUUCUUGCAUCGGAAACACAAUUCUACAACCUAGGUUUGUCACUGGGGACGAAUGUCCAGGAUCACAUUUUGGUUGCUUUUAUAGGAUUUAUGAUUGUCAUUUUUCUCUCUAUCAUACCAUUAGUUUAUUGAUACACAUUCGCCCCAGAACCACCCACUAGUAGUUGAGUUGUAGGACAUUUGCAUUUUCCACACACAGGUACUUUACCAAACCAUGUUCGAUAUAUUUUGACAGUAAGCAUACGUGAAUGUUUUGUCUUUGCCAAUGACCAAAUAAGCAGACAUGCGUACAUAUGUAAAUAUUUCAAAGAAUGAACAGGGUCAAUUUAUAUAGUUACACUCGUAUAUCGGGAAAGUCUCACUGGAAAAUCAAAGAUUUUCCACACGCUGUCACGCCUUUUGACUUUUAAACAUCUAUUUCCUUUUUGUUUGCACAUUGGUUUCAUCAUCUGCGAUGUUCGCGUAACCAACAUGGAUUUAUAUCAUUGCAUUGUCUCGAAUAAAGAACAUGACGCCAUCCACUGUUUAUAUCUUGCAUAGGAUGGAAGUUUGUUUUGUUUAUUUCGUCUCCGUUAUAAUUUAGUCGCUUCUUAUAAUAAUAUGAAUAAUGUUUGGCCUAUUCCAACCUGGUCUCCAGGGGGUAUUUUUUGACGUCGUUCCAACAAUAAAUCGACUGUCUUGACUUUUUGUGUGAUCUAUUUUCAUUUCGUACAAUUACA